AUGACUGACGUGUCUUCGACACUAUCCGAUAUUUUGAUUCAGAAAUAUUCGUCGAAACCAAUUCUCGGUCGCGGCAGAGAUCUCACUUCCGAUCUUGAUGUGUUUUUGAACGAAGCAUGCCAAAUUAAUAGAUCCAUCUCAUCGCUCCUUGGCUAUCUGCGAGCAAUACGCACUCCGUACCUUUCCACCGCUCCUCCACCUCGCCAUCAAAAACGAUCGGGAGCUGACUACUCGCCGGCCGCAUCUUCGCUGCUUGUUGGCGACGUGCCCGAGCACUUGAACGACUCGCAGCGUGAAGCGAUCGAUGGGGAGACCUCGUCGGUCCUUCGAGAUCUCAACAACAAGAUAGCCAAUUUGUCAUCGGCCGUCAGUCUCCAACACGACACUGCCACUAAAGUACUGGAAAGGAAAUAUGGACGACCCAGCGGGUUUCUAUGGAGGUGGGCAGCCGGAGAUGGAGACCCCCCGGAUGCGGGAAAAUCGGAAACACAAAUUGAAGAGGAAGGGCGGGUGAGGACGACCAAGUUUUUCAGAGAUGGGGUUUUGUGGUAUCUAGGCAAGAGACUGAAGGAUGCCAUUACAGUUCAACAAGAGAUGGUGGAGAAAAGACUGGAACGAGAACAACAGAAGCAAUUGAGCGUUCUUUACGAUCCCAGAAAUAAAGACGUUCGCACCUCUCGAGAUGUUGAUCUGGAGACAUAUCCUGAUCGAGAUUUACGGGGUCACGACGAAUAUAAGCCUUGGGCUGAUCCGUCCCAAGGCGGUGGUGAGCAGGACUUGUCACAAGAGCAGUUGCAGCUCUUCGAGGAGGAAAACAGAGGUCUGUUUGAGCAUUUCAACGACCAGCUGGCCAAAGUCACACAGGUGGAGAAGAGUUUGAUGGAGAUCAGCAGCCUACAGCAGACGCUGGUGGGGCAUCUAAGUGUUCAAGGGGAGAUGAUUGGAAACUUGGUGACCGAUGCUGCCAAUACAGAUGAGAAUGUUCGCAAGGGAAAUCGGGAGUUGAAGAAGGCAAGCGAGAGGGGCAGUACGGCGCGGCUGGUGUUUUAUGCCACGGCUGGGUUUUGUUCGUUUCUGGUGAUUUGGGACUUGAUAUUCUGA